CCGAACGUACUGGCUCACGUUGACGCAGACCAGCUCGAGCUAUGGAAGGCCGACACUCCCUUCGGGGUGAAGCCCAGCAGCAUUCAGAGCCUUCCUGCGACGAAUAAUUUACUCGCGAUACACCGGAUUUCUGAUUACUGGCCCGGUGAGAUACCUCCGAAUAGUAUCCACGUUCUUAUUAACCCCGCUCGUCUCAGUGAGUCUGACCUUCUUGAGCUCUGCCCGCCUUGUCUUGGCUACAUUAACAGACACGGAAGUACUGGAAGCACGAGGUUUCAAUAUGCUCGCACGCCAGGAUCUGUCGUUACAUGGCAUAACUUCGAAAAUGAUGUAAAAAAUGCCACGUGGGAUGACACCCGGAAGUACCCCUCCCAUCCGGCAUUUCAACAAUACUUGACAAUAUCCGAUGAAGAGACCAUACGGCAAGCACUUGAUGAAAAUGUGUUUCGUUUUCUCAAUAAUUUGCUGUCACAUGAAGUAUUUGGUCGUUUCACUCUUUUAAAGAGUGUCAUAGGAGAGCCAGAUUUCAUACAGAAAGAUUCAAACGAGGUCCUACGUCUUGUUAUCGAGGUAAAAACAAAGUGGGCUUUAUCUGCAGACAACCUUGUGACAACAUAUGCCCAGAAUCUCACUGAGUGUCGAAACAGAACCACCUCUCGAAUAUGUGUUUACCAUCAACUGAAGCAGGUUUUCGGAUACCUUUCACACAACCAUCUCCAGUUUGGAGUGCUCACUACUUAUGAUAAAACCUGGUUUCUGUACAGACGACAACCUGAUGAGCUCUGCAUCUCACCCCCCAUUCAAUACAACAAUCAACAGCCAACGCUGUUCCAAUGCUUUUUCUAUCUCACCUUUCUGGCUCGCAACAAGCCUGACUGUGAUUCUGCACCACAAUCACCACAACCAUUACUGCCUGAUGAUGACAAUGGUGAUUCUUCCUAUGAUGAUGGUGAUAAUUCUUCACACAAUGAUGGUGGACGAAAACGAAAAGCAAGCAGUCAGGAUGCCAGAAGAAGCAGCCAACAUAGGGUGCUGAUGGCAGGCAGGGGAAGAAGCAAAGGAGGCAGGGGAAGCAAAGGAGGCAAGAGAAACAAAGUGAUGGCUCAUCCAAGUCAUUCAUCAAAUAGAGAAGAAGAGCAUGUGCCCUUGGAAUUCUUUGACUGGGGAAGCUUCAGAGUACUCAAUGUUCUUGGAAUGGGCUGUACUGGGACAGUGUUCAAGGCUAUUCUGCAUGGAGAACAAGUUGCAUUGAAAAUAUGUGACUUGUGGCAACAUCCAGACUAUGAAAAGGAAUUACUCAAUGAGGUUGAGGUAUAUAAUGCUUUGAAGGACCUGCAGGGAGAUUGUGUUCCAAGGUUCAAGGGUGCUGGAUACACUGCUGGUGGACUAUUUACCAUUGCAACAGAUAUUGUUGGUAGGCCCCUGGAAGAUGCAGAAAGCUUGAGUGAUCAGGAGUAUCUGGUGAUUCGAACAGCACUGUCAUCCAUCCAUCACUAUGGCUUUGUCCACAAUGAUAUUCACAGAGAGAACAUUCUGGUCAAGCGCACCAGCCACCAAUUCUAUGCUUCUUUCAUCGAUUUUGCCUUCUCCAAGCAAGGCUGUCAACACGACUUCCAGAAAGAGAUGAAGUCAUUAGCAAGGCUUCUCAGACAGUCAUAG